UGUGAGCCAAAUUCCACGGUGGCGGGUUACUACACGGGUCCGUAACAUACUUACCACCAAAAUAGUUAAAUGGAACUAUUGUAUUACUACAAAUUAUGUAGUUGUGUAAUAAAAUAAUUAAUAUUAGUGUUUGUGGCAAAGUUUAAGUAGUUUAAGUGAUGUAAAGUUCGACUAACGGUAUUGUGCCAGUGCGUUCUGCGCUUUGUGGGUUUGGGUUACACAGACAAGACAGCCACCCGACUCCGUCUGUACUUCUGGACCAUGAGAUUUGUGAUUUGACACAGCCUUACGAACGAAAACCAAAUAUGGAGACGCGGUGGAGCUACGUUAUAUUAUGGACAGUUCUCUGCUUUCAGUCAGGGUCCUCGAACAGGCUGCCGGUGUUCACACACGACAUGAACAACCUGGCGUUGUCAGAGAGCACUCCAGUGGGCACAGUUGUUUAUACACUGCAAGGGACGGACCCUGAUGGAUUACCUAUAAAAUACAGUCUAGUCGGCACGGACAAGUUUUCUGUGGAUCCUGACACCGGAAAUGUGACCCUUGAUCGACCUUUAGAUAGAGAGGUGGAAGACACGAUAAAGUUCCUAGUGUCGAUUGAAGAUGAGGACCCUGAGAAAAAGCAGAACCUCGUGCAGCUGCAGCCCGUCACAGUGAUAGUACUGGAUGAGAACGAUAAUCCGCCUAUAUUCAAAAAUAGCCCUUACGAGGUAGAUGUGCCCGAAGACGAAGAGAUCGGUAAAACUAUAUUAAGUAACAUACAAGUGGAGGAUCGGGACUCCGUUGGCGAUAAUUUGGAAGUCGGCUGCGUACCUAAUGAACAGUGGCCGGAAGCGUGCGAGACGUUCGAGGUGGUGUCGUUGAACUCCACGGCGCACCAGUACAGCGGCGCGCUGGUGCUGCGCAGGAGUCUCGACUACAACGACAAGCAGUUCUACCAGUUUCAACUCUACGCCACUGACGGAACCCAAAACUCCACAGCGCACGUGGAAAUAAAGGUGGUAGAUGUCCAGAACUCGCCGCCGGUGUUCAGUGGUACCUUAACCGGGGCUUUGGCCGAGGAUGCUCCUGUCGGGACUCUGGUAAUGACCGUCAAGGCCAGAGACGCUGACAGAGCGCAGCCCAGGGAUGUUGUGCUCGAGUUAGUCACAAAUCCAUUGGACUUCUUCCUGCUGGACAGUACCACGGGCGAGCUACGGACCGCCAAACCUUUAGACAGAGAGGCUCUGAAGGAUCCUUCCUCACCUCUCAACCUCACUAUUAGGGCAACAGAAGUAGUAGACGGGUCACCACUGAUCUCGCCGCUGACGUCAUCGCUGGCGACGGCGACGGUCACCAUCAAGGACGUGAACGACGAACCCCCGCGGUUCAACCGCAAGGAGUACAGCGUGGAGAUACCGGAGAGCUUGCCGAUCGGCACACCGCUGCCGAACUUGGAUAUGGUGGUCACUGAUACUGACGUGGGUCUAAACUCAGUGUUUAGCUUGCGUCUCUCUGACGAGCUCGGCGCGUUCAUAGUGGAGCCCGCGACGGCGACGGGCAGCGCCUCCGUCACACUCCGCCUCAACUCCAGCCUCGACUACGAGGAUCCUAACCAGAGGAAGUUUAUACUCGAGGUGAUCGCGGAGGAGGUGCACACGUCGCCGCGGCUGUCGUCGACGGCGUGGGUGUCGGUGUCGGUGCUGGACGUGAACGACAACGCGCCGCAGUUCCCGGAGGCGGCGCACUUCGCCAGCGUGGCCGAGGGCGCGCGCGGCGGCGCCCGGCUCGGCGCGCUGCGCGCCGGCGACCGCGACACCGGCAGGUUCGGCACGGAAGGCAUAGUGUACGAGCUGUCGGGUAACGGCGCGGAGUUGUUCCGCGUGGACAACAGGACCGGCGCCAUCACCGUGGCUCCGUGUGCCACGCCCGGGACGCCGCCCUGCCUCGACUACGAGACCAGGAUGGACUACUUCUUGCAGUACAAGGCGACGGACGACGACGGCGCCGGUCAGAUGACGGUGGUGCCGCUGCAGAUAUCGCUGACGGACUCCAACGACAACCCUCCCGUGUUCCUCACGCCGGUGUACAAGGCCUCCAUCGACGAGGACACCGUCAAGUUCGAACCAGACCUGCAGGUGCAAGCCCGCGACGCUGACGUGACGUCAGACGUCAGGUACUCGAUCAUCGACCCGCCAAACCAUCCGUUCUGGAUCGAACGCAGCAGUGGGAAGAUCUCCGUGGUCCCUGACGCGGGAGGAGUAACAGCUCCCGAAGGAGACAACAAGAUCGUGCUUACUGUUCUGGCGACAGAUGGCGUUCACAACGCGACGUGUCUGGUCGAGAUCUCCAUCCGCGACGUCAACAACCACGCGCCAGUGUUCGACACCGACAAAUACGACGCCGACAUAUCCGAGGACGCGCCUUUGGGCACGGAAGUAGCAGCAGUGCGUGCAACGGAUCUGGACGUCGGACUCAACGCGGAGAUCAAAUACGCGAUACAGAAGGGCGCUCUGGAGUCAUUCGUGAUAGACAACGUGACGGGAGUGGUCACCGUCUCCGCGAAACUGGACUACGACAAACGCAACACCUACAGGAUACAGAUUAUCGCUACUGAUCUUGGUCUUCCAAGCCUCACAGGCACCACCGAGCUGACGGUCCACGUGAUCAACGUAAACGACAAGAGGCCGUACUUCACGCCAUCGGUGCAGCGCGCUGAGGUCUCCGCUGAUGCUGAACUGGGUACAGAAGUACACACACUCCUCGCCACAGACCCUGAUAUCGUGGACAGCAGUCAACUGGUCUACACGCUGGCUGAUAGCGUGAUACAAGCGGUAGACAAGAAUGGGAAAGUGGUGUCCGACGAAGGCAUAUUCGGUUCAUGGUUCUCGGUGCAGCCCAACGGUACUGUAGUGGUGUCGCAGCAGUUGGACCGGAGCAAGGCGGUGGUGUUGACGCUGCCGGUGAGGGUUGUGGACGCUUCCGCACCCACGCUGCAGGAGGCUCACGGCGAGUUAAUAAUAACGAUAGUGGACGUGAACCGGCACGCGCCGGUGUUCUCGCAGCCGUCGUACCUGCUGCAGCUGGUCGAGGAGCAGCCCCUGGGCUCGGUGCUGGACACCUUCACAGCCACCGACCGGGAGACGCCCAUCUCCUCGUACAUCAUACACCCACCAAGCCCUUACUUCCAGAUCGAUAAUAUUACUGCCGUAGUGAAGUCCAUCCAGAGGAUAGACUACGAGCAAGUCCACAGCAUCAACUUUACUGUUAUCGCGUUCGAUUCGGGAGUGCCGCAGCUGUCGACGUCAGCAGGCGUCACCGUGGAGGUGGUCAACGCGAACGACGAGGAGCCGACGUUCGCAGCCGCCGCGUACGACGCCAGUGUGCUGGAACAUUCGCCUGCUGGCACCAAAGUGGUCACCGUCACUGCUGUUGAUAAGGAUGAAGGCGAAUAUGGCGAAGUCAGCUAUAGUCUCUCCGGGAAGUUAGCGUCACUCUUUACCAUCGACCCCACCACUGGAGUGGUGACCGUGGCGGAAGACGCCGACAUCGACCGCGAGACCACGCCCGAUAUAUGGCUGCGUGCUAUCGCUACUGAUAACGCGCCGCCGCACAUCCGGAGGUCUACUAGCGUUCCUAUCCACGUGAAAGUGAUCGACAUAAACGACAACCCGCCGGUGUUCACCCAGAAGGUGUACAAGAGCACCAUAGCGGAGAACCUUCAGCUGAAUCCUCCAGCAGCCAUCCUGCAGGUUCUCGCUGAAGACAAGGACGAGGGCGUCAACGGGAAAAUCGAGUACAGCAUCCUGGAGCAGAGUGAACCGGGCACGUUCACAGUGGAGCCCUCGAGCGGCAUCAUCUCGGCGGCGCGCGCGGUGUCGGGCGGCGCGGCGCACCGCCUCGUGGUGUCGGCCUCGGACGGAGUGUCGCGCGACACCGCGAGAGUGGACAUCGCAGUGCGCAGUGUCAACUCGCACAGCCCCGUGUUCACCAAACCACCGCCGGACCAGAGGACGCUGGAUAUACCUGAGAACGCAGCCCAAGCCGAUUACCUGAUAACAACGAUACAAGCGACUGACGAAGACAGCGGCGACAACGGACGCGUCUCCUACUACCUGAAGGUGGACAACCAGAACGUGGGGGAGACGCAGGAGUUCAGCCUGGACAGCGACACUGGAGAGCUGAGGACUAAGACAUUCCUGGAUAGAGAAGUCAAGGCUGAGUACCAGCUAGUGAUAGCGGCGGUGGACCACGGCUCCCCCGCCCAGUUCGAGUCCCUGCGCCUGCUGACCGUGGUGCUGGUGGACGACGACGACAACGAGCCGCAGUUCACCCACACCACGUACGAGUUUACUGUUAGAGAGAACUUACCAGCUGGAGUCAUUGUUGGCUCAAUGAAGGCUAUAGACAAAGACUCAGGCGACAACGGCAAGGUGUACUACCACAUCCUGGAAGGGAAUCAGGAAGGCGCUUUCACUUUGGACAGGACUCAAGGGAUUAUUCGAGCUAACGUCAGCUUUGAUAGGGAGAACCAAACAGAAUACUCGCUGACAGUGUACGCGAGUAAUAAUCCCAUACUAGAGCAUGCGGAUAUGAUCCUGAACUCCGUGGAGAACGGGUCUGAUGCGGGAGUAGGGAGCGGUGGAGUGGCGCGAGUGCGCGUGCGCAUACUCGAUGAAAACGACAACGCGCCCGUGUUCACCACCAAGGUGUAUUAUGCAGGUAUAAAGCACACGGCGCGUGUGAACGAGCCAAUAUUAUCAGUGGUGGCCGAAGAUCCUGACUUGGAAGAGAACGGCACGCUGGUGUACAUGGUGGCGGCGUCCCAUCUCUACAAGUUCGGCGCCGAGCAGUCCAGCGGCAGCGUGGUGCCCUCGCCCUUCAACAUCAGUCAGGAUGGCGUGCUGAUGACGGCGGCGUUCAUGUCGGAGUACCGCCAGGACCGGUUCGUGCUGGACGUGCUCGCGCAGGAGCUCGCGCCGCCGCACCGCCGCGCCACCGCGCAAGUCUACAUCUGGAUAAUCGACCGCUCGAUGCUGAUGCGGCUGGUGGUGUCGCGCAGCUGCGCCGCGCCCGCCGCCGCCGUGCGCGCGCGGCUCGCCGGCGCCGCGCGCGCGCUGCUCGUGCCCGCGCGCCGCCUGCCGCUCGUGCACGCCGACCGCGCCUACGACGACUGGUGUGAAAUCCACUUGCACGCAGUAGACCCGACCACGUACCAGGUGCUGCCAGUGGAGAAGGUGCUGGAAACCAUCGACUCCAAGUACGACGAGCUGAAGGAUGUGUACCAGGAGUACGGAGUGGAAACCCUCAUCGCCGCCAGCGCCACCUCCAAAGCCCCGGACAGUUUCGAUCCAGCUCUAGCGGCCCUGAUAGCGCUCCUCAUCGUGCUGUUCACUGGAAUAGUCACCUUCAUCGUCGUCUGCGCUUGUCUUAAACAUUGGGUGAUCCCCCCACCUUCAAUGCAGUCAAGCAAAGGAGACAGUCUAGCGCGGCGCCGCAUCCUUGAGGAGCUGUCCACCACCGAGAACCCGCUGUGGUUGGAGACCAAGCUGCGUCCUUACGAGGAGCAGGAGCUCACCAUGAACGUGUUCGGGGACCAGCAGGACCAGCUACCGGUGGAACCAGCGCAGACUGACAACACGUACGCGACCAUCCAAGGCAGUCGCACGACGGAGCGGUUCGGAGACUACGCGACGCUCGGCGGGGACUCCCCCACGCCGCUAGAAGCUGCUCUUGGAUUCCAGGGCAGCACGUUCAAACCUCCGAGCGCGGACACUCCGGAGCCUCCGCCGCGACCCUCCGCCGGACUCGCCGCACUGUGAUGAUAUACAAAUUGAAGUGAUGUGUGAGUAAUGUAAAUACGUAGUGGCUGCAUGUUGGCAGUGUGUUAUCGGCUUAAUGUUAGACCGAGUACACACGUAGUGUAUUCACCAGUCUUGCGCCAGAUAUGUAAAUAAAAUCUACCCACCUUCAUUGGUAAUGUUUAUUGUAUUUUAUGUACAGUCAUCUUGAAAAGCAGUUAAACAAAUUCACAACUCUUCCACACAUUAACUUCAAUCGAAAAAGUUUAUUUUAGUAAAGAAAAAAAAAAUAUUAAUAAUGACAUCAAAAUUCAAAGGCGAUUUGAAAAUUUAAAUUUGCUCAGCUACUUUUGUGACUGACUGUACAUACAGCACACAUAGAUGCUUGUCUUAGAGGGUGAGUAUUAAAGUUUAAAAAUAUUUGAAAAGUGGGUAGAUGUUUGUUUAUGUUUGUGACCCAAAGCUGGGGAAUACGUUUUAAUGUAAAGUGUGAUUGCGUGCACUCGGAAGAUUUAAAGACCUAAUGCAUUGUUACCAAUUAUCAUUUCUUAGGUAUAUCAGCGUUAUUAUGUUGAAUUAUACAUUUAAUAUUAACGAAUUAUUAUAUUUUUGUCCUUGACUGUACUAAGGUACCUGUUAAAUGCAUAAUUUAGCAUAACUAUCUGACCUAAAAGCUUAUGUACAGGGGCAUUUAGAAUACAUCUAGAUACAAUUGUAUUACGAUCAACGUUUUUUUCAUGUGUGAGUAUAUCUAGACACUAAUAAAUUAAAAUAUAGUCUCUUUUGCUACAAAACAUAUUACAUUACUAGACACUAUGAAAUUAAAAUAAAUAUAGCUUUUGCUACAAUAACAAAUAUUAUUGACAGUUGCUUAACGAAAUGUAGUAUACACCGACGUACUAAGUAUUUUACAUUUUUUAAAGCUAAUGUUUUGCUCGUGGUAGGAUAUAUUUUAUAUCCGCCUGGAUAGCGACUACCGCAUACAAGGUGCCAAAACCCGCCGUAGUGGCCCAAGCGUGUUGUGUUCCGGGAUCAUCCAGUGUAUAUCUGGUUCCAACAUAAUUGUGUCGACUGUCGAGGGGUAAUCAUCUUUCUAUUUGACCCCACUCCACUUACCAUCAGGAGUCACUUUGGCGUGCACGUACUUAAAAAUAAAUAUUAAUACUUAAUAGGUCGGUACAUGUCCAUAAAAUGAUAUCCGAUAAUCAAAUAAAAAAAAUAACUAUAUAUUAUAACUAUAUUAUAAUCUAAGUAUUAUGAUUAUAAUUAAACGGCCCCUAUAUAUGCUUCGUUAUAAUACAUUGCCAACGUCCAGAGUAUAUAUUAAGUAGAUUACUAAAUUAAAUUAUUACGAGAUUAAAUGUACGAAUCUCACGACAUCUUAGCCAAUUAGCGUGUAUAAAAUAUAUUUUUAUAUUGCCAUAUAUGUAAAUUAAUGCAAGUAUUGUACAAAAAAUAUAUUUUUGUGAUAUAUUUAAAUAUUUUUUGAUAAAUUUUGAUAUUUUAUGACAGUAUUCGUUUCGCUAGAAACUUGUUGGUGAAAGCCGUCCUUGUAGAUAAGUUUCAUUUUUUAUUAAUAUGGAAUUGAUAUUCAAAGUACAGUCGCGAUUAUUUUGGCGUCUCGACAAUUUAUUUUUAAUAAAUGGACUGUUAGAUUGAUUUCACAUAUUAUUUUUUAUUACAUUCAGUAAUAAUAACAUUAUAAUUUUUUUUAAACAAGUUAUUAAAAAUGGUACCUGGGAUGAUGUCCUAUGUCCACAUUACACAAUCAUAUUUAUGACGUGAAUGAAGAUUGUCGAGUCGCCGAGGUAGUUAAUAGGGACAAUGCCUUAAGGCGAUACCUCAAGGUCCAUUUUCAUACAUUUUGUUUCACGCAUUGCAUUGCAUUUAAUAUGACGAAAUUUUAAAGGCCGAAAUAUCCAUGAUUAUUAAUUAUUUUUACGUUUUU